UCGUUUACCUCCCGUAUGACCCCGUUUGGGUCCCGUCAAUGAUGAGUCUGUAAGAAUGUGGGUCACGACGGCCUAUUCCUGCACCUCACCUCCCCUGCACACGCGCGACAGCAUUGCACGGAGGAACGUUUUCACCCACGCAUCGGAAAGUGAUGACUUAAGUUUGUGAUGGCAGAUCAUCCCACUGACCCUCCGCCCGACAGAUGGCGCUGGGUGAUUGUCGUUUCCACCUUCUUCUCCUUAUUCCUGAGUGGAAGCAUGGGCUACAUCACCGGUGUCAUGCAUGUUUCCUUGGAAGAAACGGGAUUAUACGGAGUUCAGGAACUCGCAUGGCUCGGAUCGCUGUUCAACUGCAUGUUUGCACUCACAGGGCCGGCCGCAAGCUUUGUUAUCAGCAUGUUCAGCUGCCGGGUGUGUGUGGUGCUGUCUGGUGUCACGUGUCUGAUCGGGUUCUCCCUCAGUAGUGUCGUCACCGACAUACGACUACUGUUUCUAACCUACGGCUUCUUAGCAGGUUUUGGUCGUGGCCUGACAUAUACUGGUUCGCUGGUGAUUCUAGGAUACUACUUUCCUAAAGACAGCAGCCUGGUGACCGGACUAAGCACUGCUGGCGUCGGUCUCGGGAUGUUUGUCCACCCAAGAUUGACACAAGCCCUUUUGGACUUCUAUGGUCUGGAGGGAGCCUUCAGAUUAAUUGGAGCCAUAUCAUUCCAGACCUGUGUCUUUGGCUUCCUCAUGAGACCAUCAAAAUUCGAGCGAGAGAAACAACUUACUGAGAAACGGAGGAGGGAAGACGAUAACCCAGAAACUCAAAACCGUUUCUUGAACUUUUGGAAUACCUUUCUCACUGUGGUGAUACAAAAUAUUUCCUUCACAUUCAUUGUCCUUGGUGUGACACUAUUUUCUAUCGGGUUUUCAGCGGUCGUUGUUCUUCUGCCUGAUUUCUACUACAAGAAUGGAGCCACUAAACAGGAGGCAGCAAUGGCCGCCUCGCUCACAGGGCUGGGGGGGUUCUUUUCCCGAACGCUCGUUGGAAUUGGUGCAAAUGAUGGUAAUAUUGGCAAGAUGUUAUUUUUCUCAGGCACCAAUGGAAUAGUUGGUACCUUGACAUUCUUUAUGUCGAUAUUUGUCAAGUCUACGACAGGUCGGUACAUAUAUGCAUUUCUGUUCGGAACCUACGUUGGAGGAGUAUUUACCCUCCUCAGUCCGAUGACCAUGGACAGUAUAGGGGUAAACAACUUUGCGUUCGGUGUUGGGCUCAUAAUGUUCUUCGCCGGGGCUGGAUGUUUAGUGGGGCCACCCACUGCAGUCGUCAUAUGGAAAACCAGUGGAGAAUAUCUCACAGCGUUCCUGUUUGCAGGUUUGGUGUUCUUGGGAGCAGCUCUCUGUGGCUUCCUGUCCGAGCUGUUCAAGAAGAUACCUCCUCCCCAAGUGGAAAGUAUCACCGAAAAACCUCUGUUGACCGUAACCACUCAGAUUCAAGAGGAGCAAGACAGUUAACAACUGAGUGAAUGAAUCCCCUGUUAGCUGGGAAGUUCAGAACAUGGGAAAAUGGGCACUUGUUUCACUUGGGGAUUUUCUGUUGCAGAAAAGGGUUGAAGGGAGGGAACAUAAUUGUGGUUCAGAGACUAAGAAAAGUGAGUGAGUGAGUAUGGUUUUAGCAAUAGCAAUAUUCCAGCAAUAUCACGGCGGGGGACACCAGAAAUGGAAUGAAAAGUGUCAUGAAGAGACGAAUAAGAAUGUCUGUGAAGGAUGAAUAUGGGACGGAAGAGUGUUAUAGCGCGAGACUACACUAUGGGGUUUAUGGGGCAGGAAUGUGUAAGGAUGUGUGAAGUAAUGUGCAGACAUGUGAUA